AUCCACAGAGGAGGAGCUGCUGCGUCAGCACGCACGCGCGCGCGCGAACCGUGAGAGUCCGUGAUGUUUCCCGCCGCCCACGCACGUGCGUCGUCGCCUACAGCUGGAGAACUGACGAUGAAGAGGAAGAUGAUGGAGGAGGAGGAGGCGGCGGCACCGGGACACCGUGUCUGGCCGUCACUCCGCUGAACACAGAGCACCGGGCUCCUGUGAUCCGAUCAUCCGGAACCUUAAAAAAAAAAACAACCCUGUUAAUCCGACUGAAAAAAAAACACGUCUUUUCUUCAUGGAGCCUCUGCAGGGCGCGGGUUAGCGGGGUCAACAGGGGGCACCAGAGAGACAGACAGCAGUGUAACUCCACUAAAGCUCAUGGAUUCUGCAGCUUGAAUUAUGCAAAGACGAGAGAGACGGAGACGUGGACUGUUUGAGCUGUCCUGGAGACACACAUCACUUCUACUGUAGAUAUGAGUCAUUUCAUUCCUCCUCCUCCUCUUCUCGGAGUGAGUCGUCCACUGCUCAGUCAUCCGAACUCGUGUUUGUUUGACUCACAGUUCAGCAACUCUCAGCUCAAAUCAUCUCUUUAUUCACAAUAAUGUCAGGUUUAUUAUUAGAGCAGUGGAGGAGGAGUUACUCGAAACUCGCGGUAUCAAAACAUGCGGUUUCGUGUGCGUGCCAUUCAAAUAACCAUGGCGACAAAACUUGCAAACUUUAACGUAGAGACGUGGUUGAAACUUUAAACGGGUCACAAGUCUUGAGACUUUUCUCAUCUAAAUCAAAGUUUUACUCGUAUGGUUUUUAGGGAGGGGAGGGGCUUGUGCAACCAGAGUCCUCUUAGGGCUGGGCGAUAAUACGCUAAUGAUAUACAGUAUAUCGCGAUAGAACUUUUCCUUGAUAUAUAAAAACAAGACACACUCGAUAGAACUUGGAUAGAUCGUGUGGCUGGAAUAGCUGCAGCCACGUCAUGUGACAAGCAGGGGGUGCCACAUGUGUUAAUGUUUUCAUUAACGCAGCUGCGCGCACCGACGCCAACGUGCCAGAAGUGAGAGCGAGUCAAAAGGAAAACUGCGGUGACGUUAGUUUCAUUUUCGAUAUUCAACAGACAUUGGCUCCACCUCCAACAGCGGCCCGCUCACUAACCACUUUCCUGAAGAACAAACUAAAGAGCUAAGUCAAAGCUAACGUGAUGUCCAAUAACCUUUUCAUAUAAGAAUGGUAUAUAUCGUGAUAAAGAACAUUUCCAGCCCUGUAUCUUCUGCAGAAAUCCUGACCGUGAGCUAAACACCUGUCCAUGGAGUACUCACUCACAGUAUUUUAAGAACUUUCAAGAGCCUCUGUACACAGUCCGACAAACCAGUGAUCGGGAUGACGUAUUCAGAGCGAACGUGUCGACAAACGUGCUUGCUUUAGCUUUCUGGGAGAGACGCCUGGCUAACGCCAGAGCGCUAAGCCUCGGCUAAAUCGAAAGACUCUAGUUGGCCCAGGCUGAAAAGAAGUAUGUAAUUGUUCGUACUGUAAUUACUCGUAAAAGUUCUGGAACCCAUUUCAGUCUAGGAGUGACUUAAACCAGAUUUAGUAAACACUGAGUAAAAGGUGGUAAUGUCGCCCCCUGGAGCGUGAGCGUUAAACCGUGUGUUUGUUUGUGGUUGUGCAGGAUUUGAAGAGAGUGUUGUCUUUCCCACCGUACCCUGGAGAUUACCUGCAUCCAGUGGUUUACGCCUGCACCGCGGUCAUGCUGCUCUGUCUGCUCGUCUCCAUCAUGACCUACAUCGUCCACCACAGCGUGAUCCGCAUCAGCAGGAACGGCUGGCACAUCCUCCUCAACUUCCUCUUUCACACGGGACUCACGUUUGGAGUUUUUGCUGGAGGCAUCAAUCAGAUCAACCUUCCAUUUGUGUGUCAGAUUGUUGGCAUUGUGCUGCACUAUGCUUCUUUGUCGACGAUGCUGUGGCUGAUGUUCACUGCCAGAAACAUCUGCAAAGAUGUGUCCAAAGACCCGCUACGGGCCCAGGACAGGAACGGUCCGGCCCAGAGCAGCAGCAAACCAACCAUUCUCGGAUUUUAUCUGGUCAGUGAUGGAAUCCCUCUCAUAAUUGUUGGCGUUACUGCCACACUUGGUCUGGAUAACUAUGGCAGCAGGGACGGUGCUCUGUAUUGCUGGAUGGCAUGGGAACCAAGUCUGGGAGGUUUCUACGCCCCGAUGGCUCUUCUGGUCUUGGUCAUGUCCGUGUACUUCCUGUGUACCUACGUCCAGCUGAAGCGCCACCCGGAGAGGAAGUACGAACUGCGCGUUCUGAGCGAAGAGCAGCAGCAGUUAUCGUCCAGUGACUCAAACCAUCACUGUCACAUAGAUGCUGGUGCAGCCUCAGGAUCAGUUGGGGACUGUCCUCCAUUUUCUACAGGUGUUUCAGUGCUGGCCAAUGAGCACUCGUUUAAAUCUCAGCUCCGUGCCACAGCCUUCACUCUUUUCCUCUUCUUAGCUACCUGGGCUUUAGGAGGACUGGCAGUUUCACUGGGGCAUUUCCUGGAUAUGAUCUUCAGCUGCCUGUAUGGGGCUUUUUGUGUCACUCUAGGACUAUUUCUUCUGAUCCAGCACUGUGCCAAACGGGACGACGUGUGGCACCGCUGGUGGGCUUGUUGCCCGUCAAAGCCCAAAACAGAGGAUGGAGAUGUCGGUGGACAGAGUCAGAUGCAGUUGGUCCACCAGCCCCACUGCCACCUGAACUCUACAUACUCAGGAAAGCAGCUCUCUCCUCACCUUUUGCAGAGUUCCUACAACAAAAUGACGUCAUCUCCCCAAAGCCCCACACCCAACCAUACGGGUCCAUGCUGUGUGGCUGUGAUGAGUCCCGUCUCGCCUCUCGCGGACCCAAUGCCCUCACCACGCCCACAGUCACUGCCUGACGAACUCCCCCGUCCCGUUCUGCCUCUCCAGAGCUGCCUUAUUAACAGAACAAAGUCACACUCCUUCAACCGCCCUCGUCCUUGCCUCCAGGACUUUCGCUCUCAAAUGAUUUCCACCAGUGUGGAUGGGAGUAUGCAAAGCUCCCACCUGGACAGUCCUGCACACCACCACGAAGGCUCAAACAGCCCACACCCAGAACUCCAGCUUCCCUGCCCCAGCCCUCACUUGGAUAAACAGCUAGCCUCCUGCCACACCUUACAACGCCAGACCUCCUGCCACAGCGCACAAGACUCAAUGCCUUCCGGCCACAGCCAUGCACACAACAUGCAUGACAGCAUCAGUUCCUGUCACAGCCUCCUCUUGCCUUCCCAUGGGGUCCACACCUGCCAGUGGCACAUGUACAGCUCAGCUGAUCCUUCCUCCACCAUGAGCUGCUUCUGCGACAAACCUGAUCCCUUCAAUCUCCAGUAUCACCAAGACCGUGAUGCUUACAGCUGCGCAUCAAAGACAGCUGACAAAGAGAAGGAUGAUAUCUGUGUCAGUGCGGAGCAGAAAGGGUUCCCGAGAAACACUCUGCCUCGGCGGCACGGCGGCGUCAACCUACGAGGAACCAUUGGUAGAAACAGGAGUCUGCAGGAAGACAACCUGUUUGGUUUGGAAGCCUCAAGAAAUGUACGGACUGGCCGUUGGAAAAAUGAAACCACUGUAUAGUUUUCUAAUGCUUGUAUGUCCCGGUCUCUACAGCAGCCCUCAAAGUUCUUCUUUAGUGUUAAGUGGUUUUCACAACCUUUGCCCUUAAACCCCAGGUUGAUCUUCCAUCUGGGCCUUGUUUCCUGAGGACCUGUCAGAACCUUUUAUGACAAAAUUAUCUUUGUGUGUUUUGAGUCCGUUUUAUGAGGAAUAUAAAGGUUUAAUUAACGCUGGCUAAAUUCUUUACUCCAUGCAGUUUAAAGUUACAGUCAGUGUUGUAUGGCUUGCUUUGUGGGCGCAGAACCUCGGUAGUUACAUCUCAGCAAAAAAGAUGCCGUUGGACCCCACAAGAUCUUACCUUCUUUAAUUUUGUCGAGUUUGUAUGUUCUACCUGCAUCCUAUGCUACACAGUCUUCCACCAAGUGGUCUUCACAUGUCCAGACCAAAAACCAAGCCUAGACUCGUAAGGGUUCAGGUCCAUGUUAGAUAGAUUCCAGUAACAACCAAGAAGAUCCUGACCAUGUCAGAGAAAGGUGACUGCGAAUUGGCAACAGUAAGCGCACUGUGGCAACUAAAGGGCAACUGUGAAGAACUCAACCUCCAACAGUUCAUGUACAAGCAGGUCAAAUACAAAGAUGAUCUUCACAGGGUAAGACCUGAUAAGACCUCUACUGUCCUUGUCCAAGAUUUGCAAGUUUUCCAACCACAGUAGAGAUGUUACCCAAAAUUUGUCCUUUAAACACGAACUGAUUCUUUAAUGGGCAAACAUAAAAGGUUUGGACUCGAACCAAAAGGUUGUCCAAGAUCCAUGUGGACCUGAAGUCUUAUGCAAAGAGGAAGUGUCACUGAAUGCUCCUUUAAAUACACGGGUUGAUCCGUUUUAAAAGAGAAAUAUGUAAGUAAUUUUGUACAAUGGCAACUUAUUGUGGUUCUUUUCUGUCAUAUAGAACGUUCCAGUGUCAGAAAUCCAAAUGAAAUACGACCAAAAAAAGUAUCAAUGUGACAAAUUGUAGUAUCGCUGAUGCAGUGGACCAGCAUUUUGCAGGACUUUGUAUUUUCAAUUUUACCAACAACCAGUUUCACAAAAGUUGAAUUAUUAGAUUUUGAGCAAAAGCAUUAGCAUGAAGUGAGACUGGGAAAGAAGACACGCCUCCAUUUCCACUUUUUAAUGCAAGACAAAGACCAAAUAUUCAUGGCUCACGCUUAGGGAUGCACGAUAUUUGACUUUUCCCAUUUAUCUUGAGUGCUUCGGACGAGUACAGAUACAUUUCAAUAUUUUUCAUUCUCAUGUAACAAGAUAUAGAUAUAAAGUUUAUAAGAGUAUAAAAAAAGAGCUGUAGAGGGCACUAGCAUAGAAGCCAAGAGGUGGCAGCCUAUUGUUUUAGUCAUGUCAGGGGAUCUUGCCGCGCUUGCCGAUAUCCGAUAAUACAUUUUAAAGCCAAUAUUGGCGAAUAUUGAUAAUAUUGUGCAUCCCUAGUUGCGCUUUCUCAUGUAUAAAUCAUCUGUCAAAUGCUGCCCCCUACUGGUUGAUUUAGCUUUUUUUUCUACUCAUUGCCCCUUUCUUUUUUUUGCUUAAAAUCUGUUUCUAUCUCAAAUUUGAGUUGCACAGAUUUGACUCAGUGUGAGCAUGUGUGUGUUUUUAUGUGUGAAACAGUGCAUGAGUAGGUUCAUUCACAUGUGGUGUGUUUGCGAUAUAUAUAUAUAUAUAUAUAUAAAUAUACACACACAUAUGUAUAUAUACAUAUAUAUGUAUAUGUAUAUAUAUAUAUAUAUAUUUGUUAUGGAUCCACCCUUGCAGAAUAGUUGACUAAUGAUAUUGAUAAAGAGGAUUUGUUUUAUAUUGACACGUCUUGUAAAUGCUGCCAGACUAAAGUUGCACUAACAUGUAAAUUACCUCCAUUCAAAAGAGAAAAAGUGCGACGUGCUAACAAAGUAAGAGCACAAGCUUUGUGCAGUGCCAAAACCACGCGCCUGUUUUCACUGUGACGAGACAACGUCGUAGCAUCGAGCAAACUCUUACUCAGGUUUUUUGAAAAUCAUCAGCAAACUUUACGUCAAAGAGCCUCCCCCCCCUUUUAGCCGUGAUUAUGUUUCAAAAAUUUCUAUCUCAUGAAGUGGUACGAGGGUUUCUGACUCCUCGUCGUUAUGAAGUUAAUGUUAGCAAAUAAAUGACUGGAGAAAAAUUAGCAUUUCAUGUAGCCUCCCCUUAAGUCAUGCUCUUACUGUGACUGAAAUUUCGCAGAAAAAAACAACAUGAGAUUUACAAGUCUGUUUUAGCAAAAACCAAAACGGGAAGAGGUUAGCGCUUUAGUUUUCAUGAGACCGCGUGUUUUACUACUUGACUUGCUAACGGUAAAGCUACAUAGUCAGAGCAUAACACUUACGAUCUUUUUUUUUUGAUCUUUUCACAAUGUUUCAAUCACCACACCAAUUCUUCAAUUGAUAUUUGAUGUCUUGUAGUUGGAAGUCUUAUUUCCACACGUCAUAAAACUGGUACUGCUAAAUGUUGCUAUCCUGAGAUGUUUGUGUCCAUGUCCUAGAACACGGUCAACUCGGAGGUGACGUCACUGUCAGUUCCGACUUUCAGCUUCCAAUAUACAGUAAAUGGAAGGCGCUAUCACACUGAUCUAGUUUAAUUACACCCAGCAGCUAAUAGCUGGUUCGGCAGCUAGCUGGUUAGCAGUCGGAGAGCGUUUUUGUCAUUGUGAAUUAGCAUUUUCAUGGGAACACCAUGUGCUACACCAGCUAGCGAGUGAGUAUUAUAUAGAAUAUAAAAGGGGAUAAAAACUAACUCUGAUGCUUGCCGCCAUUUUAGAAAAUAUCAGUAAAAAACUCGCAAUGUUCUCUAUCUAAAACAACACUAAUGAUGGUAUUAAACUUUUAAUCAUGUUUUUCUUUUCGGAAAAAAACAACUUCUGAUUCACAAUAUUUCGCAGAACAUUCCGCUCAUUUAAACAGUUUUUGUCGCCACAGAAACGAUCAUUAAACGUCUCGUGUCGCACGUUAAAACACAUUUUUUACCCAGUGUGACGUAGCUUUGAUGUGAUCAUCCAACCACAGGAGACGACCGUGGUCAUGUGAUGUGUCGUUGUGUACCAGUGGUGCGACAGCUUUAAUCGUCCCCCCCGUCCUCCUACUGUCAUUUUAUAAUACUGCACUAUAAAUAAAGAUCUACUGUGAUAAA